AUGUCAGGAACAAUAAGUGAUAUAGCUGCUCGAAUGGAACAACGAAAACAGCGUCUUCAAGAAGAACAACAACGUUUAGAUCGAAAAGCAAAUGUUUAUGCUCAAAAUCCUGAUGCAAUUAGUGAACCUUCAGAAAUGGAAUCCAGUCGACAAGCACCAAAACCUAAACGACGUCAUCAUCGUUCAUCAAAUAAAAGUCCAUUUGAUGAUGAUAGUUCAUUACAAUUUGAUUCUGGUGAAAACCAAAAUAUCUCAACAACAACAACUUCAUCAAGUACACCUAGACAACCAAAUAAAUUCGUUAAGAAAUCAUCAACAAUACCUGUUACUACUGAAAAAAUUAGUGCAGCGCGUUCACCACGUGAUGUUUCAUCACCACGAAUGGCAACAAAACCAAAUUCUAACAAAAAUGUUCAACCAGUAUCAUCAUCAACUGGUUUUGUUCAAUCAACUAUUCUAGCUCGUGCUGCACAUCGAACACAAUUACAUGCUCAAGGUAUUGAAUUAGAACCAGGUGCAUUUGAUCGACCUAAAGAUGACGAUGAAUCAAGUUCAGAUGCAACAUCAACAAGUGGUACAAAGAAUUUAUUUGGUUCAGGAAAGAAAACUUUUCUAAAAAAACCAGCAAAUACUGUUAAUAACAAUCAAGUACCUGAAUUAUUACAUCUUAAUAGUGAAACAAAUAAUAGUGAAAUUGAAGAAAAAAAAACAAAACAUAAAAAAAAUACAAGAUCAUCUUCAGUAAUUGAUACAGAAGAUGAUUCAUCAUUAGAUUUUCUUGGUGAAGGUUCAUUGAGUGAAGAUCGAAAGACACCAAUUUUAACACCAAGAAAAAGUAUUUUAAAAUCUCCAAAAGAAUAUACUGCAAGAGAAAAAGAAAAUUUUGUGCAAUUUUCAAAAGAAUUAGUUGAAGUUCAAACUGAUGAUGAACGUGUAGUAACUCCAACAAAAAUGUCUCGUUCUACAACUCCAAGACGUGUACGAAUAGCAAGCAAACCUACGAAUGAUUAUGACGAAACAGUUCCUUCAGAAACUGAAUCAAUCUCGACAGCUAUUGAUACUGUCGAUGAAGAUGAUACUACUCCUAUUACUGAAUAUAUUAGUGAAUCACCUGCUAACAAUAUGUUUGACAAUUUAAUAAUGAAUGAUGAACCAUUAGUAAAACCUGAUGCUAAAAAGAAAUCUCCAAGACGAAUAUCUCCAGUAGUUACAAUAAAAAGACCUGCAUCACCAUCAACUAAAUUUCAUCAUAUACAACGAACAGUAUCAGAUAUUAGUGACGAUGAUAAUACAAAAGUUGAAGAUAUUCCGGAAGAAAUUAGUGUAGCUAGUUAUUCAGAAGAUUUCUCUUCGGUAAUACCAACAGAAACUUCAACACCACGAGCACCAACAAAACCGAAAACUCGUGUAGAAAAUCAAUCACAACCUACACGAAAAGUCUUAACAGAUGAUCACGGAGUACAAGUUGAUCUUAUGUCUGCUCCAUUUCAAUCCUCUUUAAAUCAAGUUCAUUCAAUCUAUUUAAUUAAUCAAAAUGAUUUAAAUGAAGCUCGUCCAUCAUCACUUAUUCGAUCUGUUAUUGAACCAAAUGUUCUUCAGUCUCUAUUAACAACUAAUCCAGUUUUAUUAGCAGUUGAUGAUUUAAUUCGAGAACAAAGUUCUCUAUUACGAUCAUUUAUUCAUUUACAACGUACUUAUUAUGAAUCAACAAUACGAAGUAUACGACCUGAACAUGUUUACGUUACAAAAGAUAAUUCACUUCGAUUUAUUGCUGAACAACAACAACAAUCUCGAAUGUAUUAUCAAGCGCACGAUGAUUCAAUUUCAAAUUGA